AAGGGGGAAGUCAUGUGAUGAACCUGGACGCCGUGAAUUUCAACCCCCCCCCCACCGCGAGCUUGCUUCAGCGACGCCACCUCGUAUGUCGACUGUAUCCAGGAAUCCUUCUCCCUCCUCCAAGCCAUUCAUCUUCCAUACGGUGCAUUCGUCCAGGAAGGGAUAUGUCAGUGGGAAGACGACCGUGAGACAGCUCAAGACCGCAGCCGCCGACUAUGUCAAGCAAGAUGUCGAGGACCGUAACAUCACCGAUUUCUGCGAGGCAAGGGUGUUCGUUUCCGAAAACGGCGCAAUUGCCCUGGCUCCGUACGAACCAGACGACUCUCUGAGGAUCCAGACGGUCUGCUCGGAUGCUACUGCAAGCGGAUUCGUUUUUGUUCCUGCGGGGCCCGUCCAAGUGAGGCGAGAAGCUGCCGCAGGCAGUGAUAAUAUCCACGACAUGCUUGGAAAGAUGAUGAAGGCGGGGAACGAAACGACUAUUGCGAAUCUGCAGAGUGAUAAUGCAGCUUUGACGGAGAGGGUGCAGGCGCUGGAGGAAGCUAAUGCUGCUCUGAAGCGGGAGAACGAGGAUCUGAAGCGGGAGAACAGGGCUCUGGUGGAGAAAUCGCAGGACUGCGCAGAGGAUACGCGUCAAUGAGGAGAACCUCCAAUGCCUCAUUUUCCCAAUACAUGGACCGUAACUUUCCGAUACUUCUGAGACGAUGCCGAAUCAAAUCCAGUUUCCAGAUGUACAUGUCUUACGACACCACUUGACUCUGAUUCUGGGCACGAACCGUUGCACAGGCUGAUGCGCUCUAAAUCU